GGCUCACUCAUUGGCUUCAACUUCAUUCUUCGUUCAUCCCGUUUCAACUUUCUCGAUGAUGGGAGAGAAGUAUCAAAACAAAAGAACAACACUUUUGCGGAUCGUAGAGUGACAACUAGGAAGAGACGAUAUCAUUUUGAAGUCCCUACCAAUGAAUCCAACUGUGCUCUCGCCAGCAUCACCAGCAGAGUUGCUGCAUUACAUCGUCACCUUUCAACCCUAUCCAACGACACUCCUCAUCUGCUAUCAGCGGGAAGAUUUCAUCUCAUCCCUCGUAUCCGACGUCCGACAAAACCUCUCCCAACAAAACUAUGAGCAGCCUGAAGACCUGCUUCCGCAACCCCUCCUCUCGGCAACACUUCUCCAGACCGCAAUUGCCCGUCACAUCCGCGUCCUCUUCAUUCCGAGCGUUACACAUCUGCGCGCCUUCCUGUCCGCCUUUGGCACUUCAGACUCCUUGACGCCACCUCCACCAAAAGUGGCACUACCAGGCCCAAAGAGUCGGCCGCCGCCCUUGCUCCUCGUGUAUGGCUUUCUCGACCUCCAUCGCGAUAGCAGCGAGUGGAGCGCGCAAGGCAUGAGCAGCUCCGCCGCCGUGCUCAUCGAGGCUGCUCGGCACGCCGAAGUCAAGUUCAAACCCGUCAUCGUUGAGCCCAAAGGUGCAGGAGGGCACAAUGAUUUUACUUCUUUGUUGCGGGAUGAUGCGCCGGUGUUGAGCGGAAGUUCAAGGAGGAGCGAGGGCGUCUGGAUGGGGAGAACUGUCGAGGUGAGGAGAGUCUUGGGCCGGUGGUUUCGUUUCCAGACUGGUCGGUGGGAUAUCACUUAGUGUUCAGCUUGCACGGAGACUGAUUUGAGGCAAUGAGAUGAGUCGAAAUAAAUCGA